AUGGCGGAGGAGCGCGCGGCCGUGCGGGCCGCCGGCGGAAGCGGGCAAGAAGGCUUUGGCCGACCAAGUGUGUACCAUGCUGCAAUUGUAAUUUUCCUUGAAUUCUUUGCUUGGGGCCUGUUGACAACUCCAAUGCUAACUGUUCUACAUGAAACAUUUCCUCAACACACAUUCCUCAUGAAUGGUCUCAUUCAAGGUGUAAAGGGCCUGCUCUCCUUCCUGAGCGCCCCGCUCAUCGGCGCCCUGUCCGACGUGUGGGGGAGGAAGCCCUUCCUCCUGGGCACCGUCUUCUUCACCUGCUUCCCCAUCCCCCUGAUGACCGUCAGCCCGUGGUGGUAUUUUGCAAUGAUUUCUGUGUCUGGAGUCUUCUCAGUCACAUUCUCUGUGAUAUUUGCCUAUGUAGCUGAUGUCACUCAGGAGCAUGAGCGAAGUACUGCUUAUGGAUGGGUCUCAGCCACCUUUGCAGCCAGUCUGGUCAGCAGCCCAGCCAUUGGAGCGUACCUCUCAGCGAGCUACGGAGACGGCCUCGUUGUGCUGGUGGCCACGGUGGUUGCUCUUCUGGACAUCUGCUUCAUCCUAUUGGCUGUUCCAGAAUCCUUGCCAGAGAAAAUGAGACCACUCUCCUGGGGAGCUCAGGUUUCUUGGAAACAAGCAGAUCCUUUUGCGCCCCUGAAGAAAGUUGGAAAAGAUCCUACCGUGCUGCUCAUCUGCAUCACUGUGUUUCUUUCUUACCUUCCUGAAGCGGGGCAGUACUCAAGUUUUUUUCUCUACCUCAGACAGAUCAUAGGUUUUGGAUCUGUUAAAAUUGCAGAGUUCAUAGCUGUGCUAGGAAUUCUGUCUAUUGUGGCUCAGACAGCCCUGCUCCCUGUCGCCAUGCGGUCGCUGGGGAAGAAGAAGACGGUGCUCCUGGGCCUGGGCCUGCAGGGGCUCCAGCUGGCCUGGUACGGGCUCGGAUCGCAGGCCUGGAUGGUGUGGGCCGCAGCAGCCGUGGCCGCCGCGUCCAGCAUCACCUUCCCGGCGGUCAGUGCCCUGGUCUCUCAGAACGCGGAGUCCGACCAGCAAGGAGUUGCCCAGGGGAUCAUAACUGGAAUCCGAGGGCUGUGUAACGGCCUGGGGCCGGCGCUGUACGGCUUCAUAUUCUACAUGUUCCACGUGGAGCUGACGGACGUGGAACCGAAACCGAGUUCUCCCAGUGCUGCUUUGCAGGGAGCCCUCAUCCCAGGCCCGCCGUUUUUAUUUGGGGCGUGCAUAGUUCUUUUCUCUUUCCUGGUGGCCUUGUUCAUCCCGGAAUGCAGUCACGGGGCUGAGAAGCAUAGCAACAGCCUCAGCGGCACCGUGACCGACACGCCGGGGCGCGACAGCGACGAGGACAUGGAGCCCCUGCUGCCGAGCGGCAGCGCCUGGGGCCUGGCCCCCUUCGGGGAGCCGGCGAGCCAGUGCACCGAGCUGUGA